GUAGAAGUAGAGUUGUCUUCCCAUGUGAUUCAGAAAAACAUGACCUGAAACUGACACAGCUACGUUACAGUGUUUCCUUUAUUCGAGUGAAAAUGGUGCGUAAAUUGAAAUUUCACGAAAAGAAACUCUUAAAGAAAGUAGAUUUCAUAAACUGGGAAGUCGACAAUAACUUGCACGAAGUUAAAAUACUACGAAAAUACCACAUCGAGAAGAGAGAGGACUACACAAAGUACAACAAAUUAAGUCGCCAUAUAAGAGAAUUGGCCAGAAAAAUUAGGGACCUUGACGAAAAGGAUGGAUUCAGAGCUCACAGUACUGCGCUCCUCCUGGAAAAACUGUACAGUGUGGGAAUAAUCCCAACCAAACAGAACCUGUCUUUAAUUGAGAAUGUCAGUGCCUCCUCCUUCUGCAGGAGACGGCUUCCGACUGUCAUGUUGCGUCUACGCAUGGCCCAGAAUCUGAAGACGGCAAUUACUUUCAUCGAGCAAGGACAUAUUAGAGUUGGACCAGAAGUUGUAUCAGAUCCUGCAUUCCUCGUCACCAGGAAUAUGGAGGACUUUGUUACGUGGGUUGACUCUUCUAAGAUUAAACAGCAUGUCAUGAAUUACAAUGAAGAGAGGGAUGACUUUGACCUUGUGGUGUAGUGUUCUACAGAGUAUGGUGCCAUUCGAACAGGCCUAUAUGUGGAUGUUGUCUUCAAAAUUGCAUGUAUGCACCCUUUUGUAAUUUUGUUCAGUAUCUAACAGACUUAUUAAUAGAACAUAAACCAUGCAGCUAAACAUACAGCAAGCACAUUUUGUUGAAUUUCCAUUUGUUUUAUAUAAAAAUAUUUCUGCACAAUAAAGAAUGUCCGUAGUUA